AUGUUUUUGGAUGGGCGGCGGCGGAGAAAGGCGACAAUAAAAAAAGGAAAGUCAGGGUAUAGAAAUAUUAUCCCAGCACCACUUCCGUCACCACAUAACUCACCUCAAGUACACCCAAAUCCUCAACAUGGUUCUUUACCGCCACCUUUUGGCACUCCACCGGUCUCACCGUUCUCCCAUCCAAUGAACAAUGAUUAUUCAACUCCGCCACUCAUUCUUCCGCCCAUGAUGUCUUCCAUUCCAAAACAACAAGGACCCACCACUUCGGUGUUUUCAGUACCAAUGACCCCCUCCAACGCAAAUAGUGUCAUGCAACAUCAUACUUCCGUAAUUCAUCCUUAUCCACAUCAACAACAUCGUAUUUCUAUCGGUGCCACGGCAGCCGGAAAUGGGAAAAAACCUCUCAGCACCGCGGAUCAACGUGAAAUGGCACGUAAAGUAUCACAUUCGGCGAUAGAAAGACGUCGUCGUGAAAAAAUUAAUGACAAAAUCAUGCAAUUAAAAGAUUUGAUUCCAAGUUGUGCUGAUCAGGAUCAUUUACAUAAAUUGAGCAUCCUCCAAAGUGCUAUUGAAUAUAUUCAAUAUUUACAAGAAUGUGUUGUGGAAUCAAGAAAACGUGAAGGAAAUAAUGGAGAAAACUCGGAAGGACGAACUACCAAAAGAUCAAAAUUUGAUCGUUACGAAAUUCCUAUUUCCAAAAGUAACGACGCUGCCGAUAAUUCAAAGAACAAGAAUGAUUCUAGUAAUGUUAACAAAAGUGAUAAAUCUAAAAAUAAGGAGGAAGUAGGUGUCAAUAAUGAAGGAGCAAAUGCUUUAUUAUUAUUAUCCAUAUCACACACCUCGGCCAAUUCCGAUGAUAAUAAUAACAAUGAUGAUAUAUCAGAUAAAAGAAUACUGGUGACUAGAGAUGUUGAAAAAGAAAAUCACCGUAAGAUCGCCAUCGUGAAAUUAAACCAAUAA